GUCAACGACUUCAAAGUGGGCCAAAAGCUGGAGGCGCUCGACCCCCGGAACCCGACCUCGACGUGUGUGGCGACAGUGGUCUUCUCGAUGGGUCCGCGACUGCAGCUGCGUCUGGACGGCAGUGACAACGCCAACGACUUCUGGGAGUUAGUGGACUCCCAGUCGAUCGCACCGGUGGGCACGUGUCAGAAGAACGACGGUUUACUACAACCGCCGCUCGGCUUCCGUAAGAACCCCUCCCAGUGGUCGGCCUUUCUCUGCACGACCCUCGAGAACGCAGACAUCGCACCCAAUAAGGUGUUCAAACAGCCGCCGCCCACCCCUCACACCAACCGCUUUGAGGCGGGUAUGAAGUUAGAGGCGGUCGACAAGAAGAACCCGAGACUCAUAUGUCCGGCCACUGUCGGCGCCGUCAAUGAGGACAACAUAUUCGUCACGUUUGACGGAUGGAAGGGUGCGUUCGACUACUGGUGCCGAUACGACUCCCGAGACAUAUUCCCAGUCGGUUGGUGUCAACGCAGCGGUCAUCCCCUGCAACCCCCCGGUCUUAAAGGGAAAGUGCAAACACCGGCCAAAGGAAAGGCCAAACAGUCUAACAGUACGCCUACCGGCGCCGCCACCGAACAAAAGGUGUCUGAAAACGGGUCAAUAAAAGAAAACAAAACGAAUGCAAGUCAUCCAAACACGAGAACCUCAUCGACCACCACAUCCACGACCACUAAUAAGAGUGAGUCCGGCUCUGGCGGUACACCCCUUAAGACAUCGAAGCCAACACUUACUAACGGAACAGAUAAUGGCAUAAGAGAUGAACUGAGUAUCGAUACGAAUGUCGACCGGACGGACACGUUAUCACCGAAAGAGUUGACACCGAAUAAGACGGCAGCCCUUAGUCCGCGACAGUGCUCUCCCGUUUGUGUUUAUGUGAACUACUCGUGCGACUGCGGGCCAUACCUAAACCGGGCGGCGAUCGAGCGAUUGGCGCCCACCUUCGGGCCGGGAUCUCUCAAUAAGACACUCAAGGAUACGGUUCAGGCGUGCGUGGACUCCGCGCACGACGUCAAGAGUGUAUACAGUUUCCUGAAGGCAGGGAACGGGCGUAUGGUUGUGAGCGCCCGCUUCGACGGCAAGAAUAACGCCCGCAAAAUGCCUCACUUGAACCGGGAGUCGACGUUCUGGUCGUACAUACAG